AGGAAGUGAUUUUUUUUUUUUAAAGUGCUAUCUGUUUUUGAGAAUUUGCUAUCGUUGUCUCAAAAUACCAAAACAAAACCAGCAUUUUAUGUAUUUUCUGGCAACUAAUGUUAUUAUUAUUACAUUAAUUUCAUUAAUUUGAAUACUGGCACGUGGGGCCGUUGCUGGUUUGUUUUGCGAAACUACAACUUGGUCAGAGUGCUGCUGAUUUUGAUGAUGGGGCACUGCGUCUGAUUCCUCAAAACCUUUUCCUAAUAAGUGUUUACUGGUGUCAUGGAGCCAAACAGCGUGCUCACUCUGUCUCCAGAACUGGACAUAGCUGAUCCCUCCAAGAUGGCAGUAACUUUCAGAAUACCUAAGAGGAAACCAUCUUCAGACUCAAAGUGCAUGCACAUGCAGUCUCCUUUGUCACGUCAUUCUAAUUCUGGAUACGGAAGUGAUAACAGCUUAGAUAAGGUGUGUUGGAGUCAGUCCCCUAAUGAUGACAGAAGGAAAAAAGACUUGCCACCUUUCAACAAAAGUAACAUUUUCCUCAAUAACCAGGCAGCAAAAGACAGAGCGGCAUGGUCCUGCAGGAAUUCCAAAGUUGCAUUGAUGGAUGUCUUGCUGACUGAAAAAGGCCGACAUUAUUUAAGCAGACAGCAAAACACUGAUUGUAGUUCGACACACACUGACCGGUCUGACUGUCGGUCACCCCCACCCUCCUCUUCAUGUGAGUUAUCCGAGCAAAGCAUUGCACCGACUGCAGCUCGUCAAACCUCUCCUUCAAAAAGGGGACGGCCCAGGAGAGCCUCCGAUUCCUUGAUUCUUCAGAGGAAUGAGAAUUUGAAAACAAGAUCAGAUUAUUUUCCUCUGAGGAGAUCCAAUGUGGAAUCCAAAGAUUCUCCAGCAACAAGCAAGAGAAAGAGUGAGAAAUCCAGUGAAAGUAAAAGGGCAAAUGAGAAGUGCAGUGAGACUUCUCUUGGAUCCAGUGAACUUAAAGAUCCUUCCUCGGAGUGCCACAAGAGGAGAAGAUCAGAAAAUAGCAUUCCGGAUCCCACCAUUAACAUGGAUCAAGACCGGACAGUGACUCCACACAGAGAGAGAAAGUACAGCAUUGUGGCCACAUCACCAAGCAAGAAACGAGAAACUGAAAAGGGGCUCGACGGACAUCAAACCCUGUGCAAGGAAAGUGUUCUGAAGGAGUCUGUACGAGCUAUGGGGAUUGAAAGAAAGAGGCUGUGCUUCGAGCAAGAGGCAGAGUCCCAUCCCCUCAGACAACAGAUGGAACAGCAACCAACCCUGCAAGAAGCAACCACUCUCAGGAAGCAUUCUCCCACAGGCAACCCAGAGAGUGAUGCAGAAAGACCAAUGUGUAAAGAGAAAUCUAUCACCCUCAGGGCACAGUGUUAUAGAACUAAGCCCAAGAAGCCCUCAUCUUGUUCGAGUGAGCCUAUUGUACUCUCUAGCGACGAAGAGGAAGGAAAUGCCUGCCCCACCAGCUCUUCUUCCCUGACUCCCACCAUCAGGUGCCUGCGGCUACAUGCCCAAAAGACCCCCAACAGCAGAGACUCAGGCACAGCCAGCGAGUCCUCUGGCAGCGAGUCACAGACUGGGACCACAAACGAGAGCAGCGAGGGUCAGAUGACAGAUGUGAGGACAGCCAAGGGUUUAAAGACUCCAGUUCCUUCCAGGAGAAAGAGCACAAAAGAGAGGGAUGCCUUGUUAGAACUGAACUUCACUGCUGUACAUAUGGGAAAAAUAAAAGGGGUGGCGCACGGCUGCAUUCAAUUUAUGGCUGACAGUAUUAUAAUACCUCUGAAAGAUCCCGAAGAAGAGUGUCUCUCAUUGUCAGUGGUGACGUCCCAGUUACAGAAAUAUGGAAUAUGGAAUCAAAGCUCUGGGGAAGACCCAAGUGAAACUCACACAGUCAUUUUCCUGUGGGUCUCCGGGGCUCAGGCACAGCUGAUUCAAAAGGAGUUAUCGGCAAUCCAUCCAGUGGAACAGCCCUCUAAAUACAGUGAGUUUCUCUUUGUUGAACUGUGCUCACCCCCUGACGAGCAGCAGCAGCAGUUGCUGAAGAAGCUGAUGUGUGAGACGGGCAGGAGAAGUGAGAUCCCGAGCCUGUGUGCCGCGGUGCCCUGGGAGGAGGGCCACGCUCUGUUCCAGGGUGUCUCCAGUGACUGCCCCUUCAUCUCCUCCUGGUGUCUGAGCCAGGUGCAGGACCAGGAACAGGAGGAGAGUGCCAUGACCCCACCCUCCUCAGGCUCUCCACAGAAGGAAUGGACUCGGCCCGAACCCAGCUACACUCUCUGUCACCGGAGAACGAAGGAUACCUACUCUGUUUCAGUUGGUUUGAGACCAAGCAAGUGUUGGAAGGAACACAAGUACACAGGACCAUUGACAAAACUAAUUGUGUUCCCUCCCCCUCCUACCAAAGGAGGGAUUGCAGUCACCAUUGAGGAUGUGGAGUGCCUUGACAAUGGACAGUUUCUCAAUGACGUCAUCAUUGAUUUCUAUCUGAAGUAUUUAAUGAUUGGAAAAGUGCCAAAUAAUGUUGCUGAGCGCACACACAUCUUCAGCAGCUUCUUCUACAAGCAACUGACCAGGAAAGACACCCCAAAAGAGGGGGCAGCAAACAUCUCAGCUCAGCACAGGAGACACCAAAGAGUGAAAACCUGGACUCGGCAUAUAGAUAUCUUUGACAAGGAUUUCAUCUUUGUACCAGUUAAUCAGGAGGCACAUUGGUACCUGGUUGUAAUUUGUUUUCCUGGGAUGGAGGAACCAAAGUAUGAGGACAGAAGCAACCAGUGCCCCAGGAAGAAUGGAGAGAGGAGCAGUUCAGAGGAAGAGGAGGGUACGGCUGCUGGAGGAAAAGCAUUAAAUGGAUUAAUGAAGGGGACAUGUGAAAAAAGUAGCAGCAGUAACCAAGAGAAAGCAGGUAGUACAGAAUUUCCCAAAGCUGCAUCAUCAAGCGUGAAUAAAUUACAGGAUUUACCGGAAUGUACAGAAAAAUACUGUCGAAGAGCAAAGGUUUAUAAAAGGCCCUGUAUUCUCAUAAUGGAUUCUCUGAAAGUUUCAUCACAUGAGCGCACAGUCAAACAAUUAAGAGAGUACCUGCAGGUGGAAUGGGAUGUCAAGAUGGGGACGCCCAGGAGUUUCACAUCAGACCAGAUGACAGGAUCAAACUGCAGAGUACCGUUGCAGGACAACAGCAGUGACUGUGGGAUCUAUCUACUGCAGUACGUGGAAAGCUUCCUGAAGAAUCCCGUAGUCCACUUUGAAUUUCCAGUUCAGCUAGAAAGGUGGUUUCCCCGACAGGAGGUAAAGAGAAAACGGGACAGGAUUAGAGACUUGAUUCUGCAGCUGUACAGACAACAGAAGAGCAGCAGCUGAUGAACAUGGUGGCUGAACCUUUCACAGACACUGCAUAGGAUUACCAGAACGCUACUUAACAGAUUUAAUUUUGUGCACAAACUGAAUUGUGUAUGUAAUGGCCUACAUUUUUUAAAUGUUUUUGUUUUAAAUGUCUACCUUUUUAUUAAUGGUUAUUAAAAACAAACAAAUAAAAAAAAUGUGUACAUAUAGGUAUAAAUAUUAUAAAUAAAUAUUUAGGAUAUAUAUCCGAGUUUUUUGUUUUCUUGUGCCUUUUAAGUUUACCAGAAGCUCUUGAAUUUGUUUAAUGGAUCUUGGUGGUAUUUCCUACACCUGUCAGUAAAAAGAAGCUUCUAAGUAUAAAUGGAACUAAUUUAUUAGGAAUGUGUUCCGGGAACCACUAAAGAGUUCUAGUCUGGAUUGUUGAGAAGCUAAUACGAGACCAGUUCCGUAGCUUGCAAGUGGGACCGGACACCUUCAUCACUGACAAUGUCAUAAAUGAUCUUAGAAGCAUGCAAGUCCCCUUCCAUAUGAAAACAAGGCCCUCUAACAGGACACACCGAUGAUAUCCUGUACCGUUACUACACACAAAACUGUGUAACUGUAGCUUAACAAAUCAUUUCAGAAAGCUUACCUGUUUUACACUUCCAUCAUCUAAAAAGAUCUGAAAUGUGCAGUUUUAAAAUAAACAUGUUUUGAAGCACACAUGUAAUUCAUUUUAAGACAUGAUUAUCUCGUACUAUUCAAAGUUAAAGGAAUCUCUCAGUUGCAAUGUCUUAUUCUCAGGUUAUUUGUUUGCACUUGCACUUCCUGGGUGUAGAGCAUUUCUGAAACUAUUUUGUUAGCUUUGAUUACUUUA